GAUGAGGAGAAGAAGAUAGGCUGCACUUGCCCACAGAAGCGAUUACUGUACACGUGUGAGUUGCUAAGUCACCACUUGUAAACAAAUGUGAAAGACUGAGGGUCUGGCAUUUGGACAGCAUAAGGAACAAUAUGGUGAUUCUGCAUGUGAAACGCGGAGAUGAGAGUCAGUUCCUCUUGGCCACCAGCGUGGACGCCUCUGUGGACAUUCUGCUGCAGGAAAUCACGGCCAUUUAUAACGGAAGACUCAAAGUGGGCCGCGUAUGUUCAGAGAUGGCCGAACUGGCCGAGCAUGGCAUCACACUGCCUCCAAACAUGCAAGGCCUGACGGAUGAGCAGAUCGUGGAGCUGAAGCUGAAAGACGAGUGGGAGGAGAAGUGCGUGCCCAGCGGAGGUGCCGUCUUUAAGAAGGACGACGUCGGCAGGCGGAACGGACAAGGUUGGACACAUUUGAUCUGUAAAGCUGUCAUGUUAAUGUCAUAUCUGUUUUUGUGCUUUGUGUCAGCUCCAAAUGACAAAAUGAAAGAAGUCUUACUUAAAACGGUGGAUGAGGUAAAAGCGCUUGUCUCCAAAAAACAAGCAGAAGCUAAUGUUUGCGUAACCAUGGCGAUGGUGAAAGAAGGCCUGGACCAGCUCAGGGGGGCCACCAUGAUCGUGUACCCCAUGGGCUUGCCCCCUCACGACCCCAUACGCAUGGAGUUUGAAGACUGCGAGGAUCUCUCAGGGACGCAGGCGUCACUCCAGGUGCUGGCGGAGGAUGAGUGCCAGCUGUGGUGGGCCGCCAAAGAGAUGCAAAGAGGCAAGAAGCUGCAGGACUACAUCGGCAAGAAUGACAAGACCAAGCUUGUGGUCAAAAUCCAAAAGAAAGGACAGGGGGCGCCAGCUAGAGAGCCUCUGGUGAGCGAUGAGCAGCAUAAGCAGAUGAUGCUGCAUUACUACAGGAGGCAGGAGGAGCUCAAGAAAUUAGAAGAGGCCGACGACGACACCUACCUGGACUCAGAGUGGUCCGACAGACAGGCCCUCAAAAGACAGUUUCAAGGCCUCACCAACAUUAAAUGGGGGCCCAGAUAAUAUCUUUUUUCCCCUCACGUAAUCCCUGAAGAAUGAAGUAAGAGAUGAUCUUAUUUCCUCCUUUUUAAAGAACAUUUCCUGCUGCACUCAGAAAGAUUUCAACCAUUGGAAAAUACAAACACUUUUGAACUGAAGUGUGAUGUCACACUCUGGCCUCAUUUAAUAAACCGGGUUUUAUUGCAAACAUCUGGUCCCUGCAUUGAAAAUAAAAACCAAAAAACAUUGUCAAAAAAAAAAGCUGCCACUGAGUGCAGCAGCAAGGAUGCUACACCUUUCCUCUCUUUGUCUCACAUCUCCGAGUGUGGGCACAGGAAGUUCCCACUCGGAAACCUGAUGCGCUCACUGGAGAGAGCGACACAAUGAAAGCCUCUCGGCUGGUCGACAUUUACGGUAAAUUCCUAUUCUUGGCCAAUGGAGGUUUUAUCAGUGUUAACGGAACCAGAGAAUUUUGGUGCAGAUCAAGAUAAAGGUACGGCUCUGCAACAUGGUGAAGCAUUUUUUCCAACAUUCUUCUUAAUUUCUGAGUGAAUAAUGCAUUCCUCUUUGCAAUAAAUCUCCCUGUUUAAGGGACAGUAAUCAUUUUUUGCAGCUGUAAUUACAAUAGCUGCCACGAGAGGGCGAACAGCAAAAUACUCAUGUUCAGUUUUUGCAGCCUUAAACGACUGUUCCACCUUAUCUUGUAGCUUCAUCUGGCAAUAUAUGUAAAUAAAUAAAACAGGUGUGUAUACAAAAUGCAUAAAAACGGUUACAUUCAAAGAGUGAAGAGAGUAAGCCUUCCAUAGGCGGCUAAAAUCUUUGAUGGUGACGCUUCUUGAGCAUGCAAGAUGGCGGCUUCAUAAACAGGAGCCUCCGUUUAAGUAAGCGUUCAUCCAAAUUUCCUGCACGAUCAUCUCUCUGCGUUCAAUCCUCUCCGCCCUCUCCGCCGCCUCACUCACAUACGUCACGUCCUCCCAGUCGUAGUAGACGGCCUUCCUCUCCACUAAAGAGCUUCCCUCUGUAUUAUCAUCAUCAUCAUCUUCCUCCUCUUCUCCAUCUUCAUCCUCCUGGAGCCUGCGGCCCAUGUGGCGGCGCCCCCCGCAGGUCACUCGGACUGACACGGCGAGCAGCGUGACCACGAGGCCCACGCAGACGCUGGAAGUGAAGAGCAGCGCCGCCAUGUCGCGAUGCUCUGGAUUGGCGAGUAAAUAAAAAGAUGCCGGUCUGUUGACGCAAUGGCAAUAUUCUUUGAACAGACCUUUAAUGAAGGUGAAGGUGACGAGGGAGGUGCUCAUCAUCGCUCCUGGGUUGUCCUUGCCUCUGGAAUGCGGUAUGUCCACAUCGACAGGAAAACCUGUGAAAAAAGGAAGCGUGAGUACGGUAAUCCCUCGUUUAUCGCGGUUAAUCGGUUCCAAGUUGCCAAGUUGGAUUCCUCUUUUAUAAAUGGAAUAUUUUUGCAGUUAGAGCAUAGAAAACCUGUUUAUGACCUUCUAAACAUGGUUUUUAACAUUAUUGGAGCUCUCGAGACAUGAAAUAACACCCCAACAGUCACCUUUACGCUCCUAUUACCCAAUAUAUUACACAUAAUAAGACUCGUGCUUGUGUGUUACUAUAAAUGUGUUCCUUAGAGCAGGGGUUCUCAAAUGGUCUCAACCUGGGACCCACAUCUGCCAAUAGUCAUUAAGUCGCGACCCAAAUUUCAAUUUUUAUGUUUUACACUUUUAUUGAAGUCAUUUCAAUUUUUAUUUUUAGUGUUUUUUGCACUUUUAUUGAAGUCAUUAUGUAUUCCUUCAUUUCUUCAAUUAUACUUAUAGGAUUAUGAAAUAUUGCUCCGUUUUACUUGAAAAUAAGUGAGACAUGAGUUUAUGUUACGCAAAUAUUACAUAUUCGACAUUUUUGACUUGCUGUCUGCGACCCACUUUUGGGUCCCGACCCAUCAGUUGAGAACCGCUGCUCAAGAGGACCUGAAAGAGAGGCGGACAGGAAGUGAUGUCGGGGGUUUACAGAUGAGUUUAACGGCUGCAAAAGUAGCUUGUGUUUUUAUUAGAGAUUUUUAUGAGGCAUUCUUGUGCCUAUUGCAAGGUAAUUCAAACCUAAAUAAAAGCCUGUUGUUCCUUGUGUGUCUCACCAAACAUUACAGUAACAUUACUGACACCUAUUGACCAGUGUAGAAUACUACAUAUCAUCGCCAUCUUUGAAUGCGUCUUUUUCAUGCCUUAUAUUUACUUCAUUUAGUCAUUUUUAUGGUUGAAAAUGCUUAAUUUUGGCAAUGAAAUAUGUAACACUUGCUUAAAUAUGCAUAUAUUUCUUUACUAAUAGGCCACAUGUGUUUUUGUAAAACCGUGAUCGAGUGAAAACGUGAAAUUCAUGGUGAGGGACGACUGUAUGCUGUAUUAACACUCCACGCCACCAGAGGGCAGGAAAUGUGUGGAACUGCAAUGACACAUGACUCAAUAUUAACUCUUUCAAUACCAAAGGCGUAUUUAUACGUUUUUAUAAUCCCGAACGCCCGAUCCCAACAACGUAUUUAUACAUCUUUUACGUUUUUUGAAGCGAGAGGCAAAAAGCGUUGAUGAUGCAACUCUCCAUUAAUGCGUGAACAUUUCAGAGCACUUUUAAGCCAUAAAAACGUCCCCAAGGUGUCAGAAGUGCAGUCGAUAAGAGCCCAGCAGGGAUCAUUUCACACAUGACAGGAAGGAGGAAGCGAGAGAGCGUGGAGCGUGCAGAAGGUUACGCAUUGUAGGGAAAUUUUAACGCAUGCACACACACGAGUGCACACACAUAUUUCAGUAGUACAGUCCCAAAUGUGAAAAUUGUAAAUAGUUGAUGGUGUUAUAUUUGUAAAUAAAAAUGGCUAUUUUGGGGUAAAACAACCCCUUUUUGUUUUGUUUAAGUUGGUAUUGUUUAGAUAUUUCAGUUGUCACAAAAGCAAAAAAUAUUUGCGUCAAAGUGAAAGUUAUGCUGGAAAUGUAUCUUUUCACAAAAACCUGGUUUUCUCCCUUUAGUAGUCGGGAACUGAUAUUUUCCUGAAACUUACCUAUGUUCUACCGCUGAUUACGAAAAAACGGAAAAAGAGAAACAAACCUUGGUAACACUUUACUAUAAAGGUACACAAAAUUACAGUAGUUAAUGAGGAACGAACCUACCUCACCCUAACAACUACGCAUUUGUUACUCAUUAGUUCUUCAUUAGUUCCUCAGUAACCAGUCAAAAUUUAUGUGCCUUAGUCAUUAGUUCUUCAUUAGUUCCUCAGUAACUAGUCUAAAUUUAU